AUGAUAACAGCUACAGUUAGAGCUGUUGCUGUUGUGAUGCUGCUGCUUUUGAUCUGCGGCGCAUGCCAAGCACAGCUUUCUUCUACAUUUUAUGCUAGAACAUGCCCAAAUGCACUUAGUACCAUUCGCACAUCCAUCAGAUCCGCCAUUGCAAGAGAACGUAGAAUGGCGGCAUCUCUAAUCCACCUUCAUUUCCAUGAUUGCUUUGUUCAGGGUUGUGAUGCCUCAAUCUUACUUGACAAUUCCCCCUCAAUCACAAGCGAAAAGUUUGUACUUCAAAAUAACAACUAUGUCAGAGGAUAUGAAGUCAUUGAUCAGGCAAAAUCUGCUGUGGAAAACGUAUGUCCUGGAGUUGUAUCUUGUGCAGACAUCCUUGCAGUUGCAGCCAGGGAUGCGUCUGAAUACGAAUCAAAUAGCAAUUUAAUAGUGAAAUAG